UGGCGCCCGCACCUCCCAGUCGCUCCCAGUCCGCCGCGAGGAAAGGGCACCCGCUGUGUGUCCACACCCGUACCCCCACCUCGUCGCCCUCCCCGCCGCCUCGCCCCGAGAGCAGCUGGGCUCCUCUUAGGAUCUUCGAGCGCCGCGCCCGGGUAUUGCCAGCCCCGGGGAGGCGCCGCCCGCAAGGACACCUCUCCGUCCCGCCUCGUCCGCAACUCCGGUCCUCGUCGAGCUCGACGCGAGCCAGGAGUCCGGACAGUCCCCGCUGCCCCAGCUCGGAGGCAACUCCACCUCGGACCUGGGAUUCCGGACGCGGAUUCUCAGCUACUUCUCACCUCGGGGCUGUGCCCUCUUCCUCCGCUCAGGACGGGGGUGCCAAGAUGCCCCGCUGCUGCGCAGGGCCCUGGGCCGCCCCCGACGUGUGACCCCAGCCUGGUCCCCCUACUCGGCCGUCCGCCCUCCCCUUGGAGACCCCCGGCCCGGCCCCCGGGGGAGGAGGAAGAAGACGACCAGGCCGAGAGGGGGAUGUCCGGCUCCAAAAGCGUGAGCCCCCCGGGCUACGCGGCGCAGACAGCUGCGGCGCCCGCGUCCCGGGGAGGCCCCGAACACCGCUCCGCGUGGGGGGAGGCCGACUCCCGCGCCAAUGGCUACCCCCACGCCCCCGGGGGUUCUGCCCGCGGCUCCACCAAGAAACCCGGGGGGCCGGUGACUCCGCAGCAGCAGCAGCGCCUGGCCAGCCGCUGGCGCGGCGGCGACGACGACGAUCCUCCGCUGAGCGGCGACGACCCCCUGGCCGGGGGCUUCGGGUUUAGCUUCCGCUCCAAGUCCGCCUGGCAGGAGCGCGGCGGCGACGACUGCGGUCGCGGCAGCCGCCGACAGCGGCGGGGCGCGGCCGGCGGGGGCAGCACCGGGGCGCCCCCUGCGGGCGGCGGCGGCGGCGGCGGCUCGGCGACCGCGGCGGCGGCGGCCGGCGGGACGGAGGUGCGCCCCCGCUCGGUGGAGGUGGGCCUGGAGGAGCGGCGGGGCAAGGGCCGCGCGGCCGACGAGCUGGAGGCCGGCGCCGUCGAGGGCAGCGAGGGGUCCGGCGAUGGCGGCAGCUCGGCGGGCUCAGGCGCGGGGCCUGGAACGGUGCUGUCUCUCGGCGCCUGCUGCCUGGCGUUGCUGCAGAUAUUCCGCUCCAAGAAGUUCCCGUCGGACAAACUGGAGCGGCUAUACCAGCGCUACUUCUUCCGCCUGAACCAGAGCAGCCUGACCAUGCUCAUGGCCGUGCUGGUGCUCGUGUGCCUCGUCAUGUUGGCCUUCCACGCGGCGCGGCCCCCGCUUCAGCCACCAUACCUGGCUGUGCUGGCGGCCGCCGUGGGCGUGAUCCUCAUCAUGGUUGUGCUCUGCAACCGCGCAGCCUUCCACCAGGACCACAUGGGCCUGGCCUGCUAUGCGCUCAUCGCCGUGGUGCUGGCCGUCCAGGUGGUGGGCCUGCUGCUGCCCCAGCCACGCAGCGCCUCCGAGGGCAUCUGGUGGACCGUGUUCUUCAUCUACACCAUCUACACGCUGUUGCCCGUGCGCAUGCGGGCCGCGGUGCUCAGCGGGGUGCUCCUGUCUGCCCUCCACAUGGCGAUCGCCCUCCGCACCAACGCCCAGGACCAGUUCCUGCUCAAGCAGCUUGUCUCCAAUGUCCUCAUCUUCUCCUGCACCAACAUCGUGGGCGUCUGCACCCACUACCCGGCCGAGGUCUCCCAGAGACAGGCCUUCCAGGAGACCCGGGAGUGCAUCCAAGCUCGGCUCCACUCGCAGCGGGAGAACCAGCAGCAGGAGCGGCUCCUGCUGUCUGUCCUUCCCCGUCAUGUUGCCAUGGAGAUGAAAGCAGACAUCAACGCCAAGCAGGAGGAUAUGAUGUUCCAUAAGAUUUAUAUCCAGAAACAUGACAACGUGAGCAUCCUGUUCGCUGACAUCGAGGGCUUCACCAGCCUGGCGUCCCAGUGCACUGCCCAGGAACUGGUCAUGACCCUCAACGAGCUCUUCGCCCGCUUCGACAAGCUGGCCGCGGAGAAUCACUGUUUACGUAUUAAGAUCCUGGGGGAUUGCUAUUACUGCGUCUCGGGGCUGCCUGAAGCGAGGGCCGACCAUGCCCACUGCUGCGUGGAGAUGGGCAUGGACAUGAUCGAGGCCAUCUCGUUGGUCCGGGAGGUGACAGGGGUGAACGUGAACAUGCGCGUGGGAAUUCACAGCGGGCGAGUACACUGCGGUGUCCUUGGUCUCAGGAAGUGGCAGUUCGACGUCUGGUCUAACGACGUCACGCUGGCCAACCACAUGGAGGCUGGCGGCAAGGCAGGACGCAUCCACAUCACCAAGGCCACACUCAACUACCUGAACGGUGACUAUGAGGUAGAGCCGGGCUGCGGGGGCGAGCGCAACGCCUACCUCAAGGAGCACAGCAUCGAGACCUUCCUCAUCCUGAGCUGCACCCAGAAGCGGAAAGAAGAGAAGGCCAUGAUCGCCAAGAUGAACCGCCAGAGAACCAACUCCAUCGGGCACAACCCGCCGCACUGGGGGGCCGAGCGCCCCUUCUACAACCACCUGGGCGGCAACCAGGUGUCCAAGGAGAUGAAGCGGAUGGGCUUCGAAGACCCCAAGGACAAGAAUGCCCAGGAAAGUGCCAACCCUGAGGAUGAAGUGGACGAGUUUCUGGGCCGCGCCAUUGACGCCAGGAGCAUUGACCGGCUGCGAUCUGAGCAUGUCCGCAAGUUCCUCCUGACCUUCAGGGAGCCCGACCUAGAGAAGAAGUACUCCAAGCAGGUGGAUGACCGAUUUGGUGCCUACGUGGCCUGUGCCUCGCUCGUCUUCCUCUUCAUCUGCUUUGUCCAGAUCACCAUCGUGCCCCACUCCAUGUUCAUGCUGAGCUUCUACUUGACCUGUUUCCUGCUGCUGACCUUGGUGGUGUUUGUGUCUGUGAUCUACUCCUGCGUGAAGCUCUUCCCCUCCCCGCUGCAGACCCUCUCCAGGAAGAUCGUGAGGUCCAAGAUGAACAGCACUCUGGUUGGGGUGUUCACCAUCAUCCUGGUGUUCCUGUCGGCUUUUGUCAACAUGUUCAUGUGCAACUCCAAGGACCUGCUGGGCUGCCUGGCGGAGGAGCACAACAUCAGCGCGAGCCAGGUCAACGCGUGCCACGUGGUGGAGUCAGCCGUCAACUAUAGCCUGGGUGACGAGCAGGGCUUCUGUGGCAGCACCUGGCCCAACUGCAACUUCCCCGAGUACUUCACCUACAGCGUGCUGCUCAGCCUGCUGGCCUGCUCCGUGUUCCUGCAGAUCAGCUGCAUCGGGAAGCUGGUGCUCAUGCUGGCCAUCGAGCUCAUCUACGUGCUCGUCGUUGAGGUGCCCGGUGUCACACUGUUCGACAACGCUGACCUGCUGGUCACCGCCAACUCCAUAGACUUCAACAACAACGGGACCUCCCAGUGCCCUGAGCACGCGACCAAGGUGGCGCUGAAGGUGGUGACGCCCAUCAUCAUCUCCGUCUUUGUGCUGGCCCUGUACCUGCACGCCCAGCAGGUGGAGUCCACUGCCCGCCUCGACUUCCUCUGGAAACUGCAGGCCACAGAGGAGAAGGAGGAGAUGGAGGAGCUGCAGGCCUACAACCGGCGGCUGCUGCACAACAUCCUGCCCAAGGAUGUGGCCGCCCAUUUCCUGGCCCGGGAGCGGCGCAAUGACGAGCUGUACUAUCAGUCCUGCGAGUGCGUGGCCGUCAUGUUCGCCUCCAUCGCCAACUUCUCCGAGUUCUACGUGGAGCUGGAGGCCAACAACGAGGGUGUUGAGUGUCUGCGGCUGCUGAACGAGAUCAUCGCCGACUUUGAUGAGAUUAUCAGCGAAGAUCGGUUCCGGCAACUGGAAAAGAUCAAGACCAUCGGCAGCACAUACAUGGCGGCCUCCGGCCUCAACGACUCCACCUAUGACAAGGUGGGCAAGACCCACAUCAAAGCCCUGGCUGACUUCGCCAUGCGGCUGAUGGACCAGAUGAAAUACAUCAACGAGCACUCCUUCAACAACUUCCAGAUGAAGAUCGGGCUCAACAUCGGCCCCGUGGUGGCUGGGGUGAUCGGGGCGCGCAAGCCUCAGUACGACAUCUGGGGCAAUACGGUGAACGUGGCCAGCCGCAUGGACAGCACCGGUGUGCCCGACCGCAUCCAGGUCACCACGGACAUGUACCAGGUGCUGGCCGCCAACACAUACCAGCUGGAGUGCCGGGGCGUGGUCAAGGUGAAGGGCAAAGGGGAGAUGAUGACCUACUUCCUCAACUCGGGGCCCCCGCUCAGUUAGCAGCCGCCGACCGUGCCAGGCGGCCUGGCCUGCGGAGGAAUGGAGACGGCCUCCCUGUGUGCGGGGCAGUGGGAGCCGCGCUGCCGCCCCCCUGGCCACGCCGGUGGGAUUCUCCGCUUUGACUUCAGAAGCGGCUUCUGCCUCUGCGGGUGGGCAGCGGCCUCCGUCCCAGGCCCCGGGGUGCCAGCGUCCUGCGAGCACCAAGCUGACCAAAGAUGUUUCCCUCUGCGGAAGACGCCGCUAGACUCAGUCUGAAGCUCGAGGUUUCUCACAGGUGCUGCCGCACGGGUGGAAAGGGGCCGCCGGGGUCUGCGGGCGUGCGCGGCGGACGGAGAGGCCUCAGCCUCCCGUGGGGGCAGGUGGGCGCGAGUCUGGCCUGGGGGAGCCCGGGGGCGCCAGGGGGUGGCUCUUCUACGUGAGCCUUUACCGUGGAGACGGGCGCAGCGCUGGCUCUGGAGGGACCGUGGCCCUCCUCGCGUCCUGUGCCCACACCCCACGCCCAUAGACGGCGCCCGCGAGGGAAAGGGAACUGAUGAUGAGGGGGAGGCAAGAGGAUGCCAGGCAAGGAGGGGUGGUUCUGAGGAAAAUAUUUAUUAAAUAAAACAAAACAAGUUCUCUGUGCCCUUCUUUAGACUAUGCUAGUUGUAUGCCGCACGUGUAAGAGACACACAAGCAAACAAGAUGUCACAGGCAAGGCUGGGUGGGAGCCCAACUUGUCUCUUUUGUAUUUUUUAUUUUGUAUUAUUGAAAACCUUGGAGAUCUAACAGAUAUGCCAAAUUCUAUAUUUUGUAAAUUCUCUAUAUUAGAAAACAGCUGUGCACAGCGGGGUGUUUGUGCUCAUCCGUACUGUACGUUUGUUGCUGCGUGUCCCGGUGUCUGUGUGCGUGUGCUCAUGCCGUGGAACUGGUCUCAUGCAGGAUGCGUUUCCCUCACCUCAGAUUUGGCAGUUUUUGGUUUUCCCAGGCACAACCAGAGCUGUGUGUGUGUUCCUUUGGGGUACCUUAUGCCCAGAUUGGGUAUGAAGACGCAUGGAUGCAUUACCCCAUGUCUUUCUAACACAUGCUCACACACAACACUCCCCCUAAGUAAAGUGGAAGUAGAAUGAUAAGGAGAAAACAAAAAGCUGCUUUCCCAUUUCAGGCUGAGCUGGCACCAAGGGCAGCAGCCCGGCCCCGAGGCAGGCAGUGUGUGUCGGUCACCCUGCGCACCCUUCCACUCCCUCAGAUUUCUGCUGCCUGCAUGGAGCGGCUCCUGCGGACUCCCAAGAGCUCAGGGAUGGCCGGGUUCUCUGCUGGGCUAAGGGCGUGAGGAAGCCUGGCCCGCCUGGCCUUGGCCCUCUCAGUUGGCCGAAGUGCCGGUGGCUCUCCUGGAGAUGUGCCGCCUUCAGACUGGGGGAGGUGGGGGUGGCCCUUGCCCUCUACCUGCAAAGUGGAGGAACGGGGAGAGCCCGGCUUCGGAGUCCAUGGGGGAAAGCCAGCAGAAAUUUUGUUUUGUUGGGAGAAGGCAGUUAAAAUAUAUUUUUUUAAUAAACUAUGAGGGAGGCAUUUGGAAAAUGAUACACUAUCACAGAAUUCAAACCGAAUCCUUAGGGCCUAUGCCCAGAUCUUUUCAUUGCUUCUCAGGGCAGAAUUAUUCUCACCUCCAAGAGGAGCUGGAAGGGGCGAGGCGGCAGCCCUGUGCCAGCUGCUGACACGUUACUUUGCUGUCCUCCUGCACCUCCUGCCCUCCCCCCACACCAGCUCCCACCCCUUUGAACACAGCUCUGAGAAGUGACAUGUAUGGACCUAAAACUGCCAAGCCUGAGUCUGUCCCGUGCUUUUGCGGCUCCAUCCUUUGAGUUCUGCAUCGCCCCUCUUGCCACCCUGCAGGAGGCUGGCUUUCUCCCGCGGUGGUGUUCCCACGUCCCCUGCCCCUCCAUAUCGCCCGCCCGCGGUGUUGGGUUUUCGUUCUGCUUCCGACCUGAGUAAAGUGUGUGUGCUGAGCUCAUCCCGAGUUCCCCCGUGGUCACGGCCUCCCUGGCCUUGGGGGGCCCUUCCCAUCCCAGCAGUGACUGGUGACAGCGUGCAGUGCUAGCUCUUCGUUCCCUCUAAGGAGUGUGCACUCUUUUUAUUCCUGCUCUUGCAAAAAUGGAUACGAUUAUGAUUUCCCAUGGAAAUUGAAAAGUCUAUUUAAAUAAUUUAACUAUUAAACACUUUCACUGGUAA